AUGAAAAUAAGACUUAGUGAGGGAUGUAAUUUAAAAGCACUUCAUGGAAAUUUCGUACAAAGAAAAAACGGUGUAUUUGCUUAUUCAAACUUUUCCCCAUCACACGCUAUUAAUUUUGAAAUAUCAAUUCCAGAUAAGUUAGAAACUGUAUAUGCUCAGAUAGCUAUGCUGCGAAUUAAUAAAGAAGGAAUAAGAUCAGUGAGAGUAUUUAACAUUCAAUUAUUAACAGCUAACUCAUCAACACCAACAGUAGAAAUAUUUAAUGCAAAACAGAUAAUAAUGGCGUUAACAUUUAAUGCAUGUUAUCAAGAAUCAUUAAAGAAAUUUUCAGGUGGUUAUUACAUUGAUAGACAAAUUAAUAGCAUUGUUAAAGAAAUGAAGAUUAGUUCAGGUGGUAUAAUAAAUGAAAAUAUUAGACCUUGUAUUAGUUAUGCAUUAGCAAUGAGAAAGUCAAUAGCAUUAAGACCAGAUAAACAUACACCCAAUGAUUUUAGAGUCUUUUACAUCUAUUUACUGUCAAACAUGUGUUUUUCAACAGUUGAUUCAAUAGUUUAUCCAACUCUAAUUAACUUACUAGAUCCUGAACCAACAGUUUAUAGUCUAACACGAACUAAUCUAAGAGAUGAUUCAAUCUAUUUAAUGGAUGCCGGUAUAACAUUGUUUUGUUAUGUAGGAAAGAAUUGUACAAAUCUUGAUUGUUUUAAUAAUCCAGAUACUCUUAUUUCUGGACUAUCACUCUACAACAUUACAAGUAAAAAUGAAUUUGGUAAUUAUAUGAAUAAUUGGAUAGCUUACUUUAAUGAAGGUAGAUUAGUAAAACCUAAAUUUGUGCUUGUUUUAGAGAAAGAAAGUAGUAAUUACUUAGAUGUAUUUAGAAGUUAUUUUUAUGAUGAUCAAAUGUAUAAUUUACCAGACAUUUUCACUUAUGAAAACAGUUUAGGAAAUUAG